AUGGACUCCGGCCCGCCCAGACCCAGCCUCCUGGGGCUACUCCUGCUGGCAGUGAAGCUCUCAGUGCUGGUGGUCCAGAACCGGGUGUACGUCUACAAUUUCCUGCUGAUUAAGAUCAUCCUGUUCAACCACUGGCUGUCGGGGCUGAGCCGGGAGGCCCAGGGGCCCAGCGGCCUGCAGGACCACCCACUGCCUGGGCUCGCUGGCUGUCCUGUGGGCCGGGCCCUCCGGGCAGUGCUGACACUCAUAGAGGUCCCGGUGUGGCUGCUGCUGCAGGGACCUCGCCUGGCGUGGGCUGUCGUGCAGGGCUGUGCCCGGGCCCUGGGCUUGGGCCCCCUGCAGUCCGGUGCCCUGGAGCCAAGAGGCCUGUCCUUAGCCACCUGGACAGACACGCUGCUGUCGUGUGUGCACAGCCUCCUGCUGGCGACCUUGGUGUUUGUGCUGCUGGGCUGGCGGCUGCUGCAGAAAGCCCGGCAUUGCGGCCUGGGCCGCUGGUCCUACAAGGCCCUGCUGGAGAACCGCGCGGUGACGGAGCUGUUGGCCCUGUUGAAGCGCCUGUACUGGUGGGUGGAGAGCAGCAUGGCCCUCACCUCCUGGCACCUGGCCUACCUCGUCACCUGGACCACCUGCCUGGCCUCCCACCUGCUGCAGGCAGCCUUCGAGCACGCUGCCCAGCUGGCGCAGGCCCAGGAAGCUGAGCUCCAGGAAGUUCUAGAGAGUUCUGUACUGCCUUCCCCUGCAUUCUGGUUCCCAGACCCGGCCCUGCCUCCCCCAGACUUCCUUCCAGUCUGA